AUGAAUUCCGCCUAAUAUAAGACUAUAUUGAUAUAAGAAUUUCUGGAAUACUAAUACGACAACGAUAAACUAAACAGCCGAUUUAUGUAUAUGUAUAAUUGCAGUUAAAAAUCAAGUUUUUUAAAGUAAGUUGAUAUCCAAAAUUGAUAGAAAUAAUAUCAUGUCAAAAACUAGAAAAAAAUUUUUUAAAUACAAGAUCCGAAAAUUUAAUCCAAUAUUUUUGUCCAAACAAUAUCUCGUAAUUAGUGAAUGAUAUCUUUAGAUCUCUAGCUUUUGCUCCAGAUUUCACAAAUUCGGCAAUUAUAUCCGCGCUACUUGCGUUCCCAAUUUUUCUUGCCCAGCCGUCAAGCUUGUCCCAUCAAUCUCAAAGACGAUAUAACGAUCUUUCCGACACUCCAUUCUUCGGCCAAAGGAAAUUACCCUUCCUCGGUGCAUCCGGUGUAUCGACCAAGCGCCGUGUGCACGAAAUACAAGCGAAGUAUACUUUCGCUACUUAUAAAAUCUUCCGAGUGAAACCAAUUGUUCUGUCGUGUGUGAACGCCCCCUUGUCGCCUAUAUAGGUGGGUGAUCGCAGGAACAACGUGAACAGUAUUUUACGGGAACUUCAUUACUCUGCAUCUCGUCUGUGCGAUAGGAUUCUCUGUUACAAUUUCCAAAAAAAUAAAAAAUAAAAAAAAUUAUGACAGUUCCAAGAUGUGAAAAAUGUGUUAGAAGUCACAUUUUUUUUAAGCGUCCGUUAUCGUAUAGUGUGGACUAUUUCUUGUGCCUGCCCUUUCGAAAUAAAUUGAAAUAAAACCUAUGUGUAUUCAUAAAUUUUGCAUAAUUUUGUUUAACUUAUUGUAAGUCUUAUCAAUUCUCCAAUGUUUGAUUUUAUCUGAACACGUUUAUACGACGUGAGGGAUCGGUUAAGAUCAGUGAUCCGAAGAUGAAAAACGAACUCUGUUAUUUAUGUCUGUUUGUUCUCGUGUCUACGAGUUUUACAGUGAUCACGGAGCCCAAGGAGGAUAUUACUUUGGAUGAUGGACAUUCUUAUAGUUUCAACGAAGCUUUUGGUGUAUGUCUCGCGAAGAAGGAACACAAUACAUUCGAAUGCGUAAAUCGUGGUAUUCUAAGUGUCCUGCAGUCUUUAAACGAUAAGGAUAGUUUGGAGUUUGGAAAGAUGCGACUGGACAGAACGGAGGGGUACGGCAGAGAUCUUCUGGAUUUGGAUUACGAUCCGAAAGAUUUCGGAAAUGUUGUGCAAGCAGCUGCCAGAUUGAUGGAACGUCGCAAUAUCAAGUGGAAUCUGGAUAAUAUAUAUCCGGGAUUACAGAUGCGCAUUGGACCAAUGUUAAACGGAAACGGAAUGCUGGAAUUUGUUCUCAAUGAAAGAGUUGCUUCGUAUGGCAAUAGACAGACUGGUACAGGAAGGCAGUUGACCAGACACAUAUUACUGCCAUUUCUAUUGGGUUUCAAAUUCAAUCUGGCAUCCCUAAUCCCGCUUAUGUUCGGUUUCCUGUUAAUCGUGACCAAGAAGGCCCUCUUAUUGACGAAGAUGGCGUUGUUUCUGAUCAGUCUUUUAGGAUGGAACACGAUCUUUUCCGGGGCACCAGCACCUCCUUACCCGGGGAAUGCGUUCAAUGGCUUCCAUGCUUACGGACACGAGACACCGGCUGGUGUACAUACCCAUUAUGAUUAUCAUCCGCAUCACGAUCAUUUUCCGCAGCGACCUUACAGACCCAUACAGGACUAUAGUCCUUACGAUCAGCAUGUUAUUAGGGAAGUUGUCAAUGUUUACGAUGGAAAAACCGAUUCAGAACAGAAUAAGCAAAAUACGAAGAAUUUCCUUUUUGACUCAAAAUACAACCUCUGUCAGUCUGCAGGAUUUAUCGAGCUGACCAGUAGAGAGGACAGAGUAAGACGUAACGGAGGAGAAGCUGAUGAUCUGUGCUUCAGACAGCUACAAGAUCACCUGAAGAACGAGAAUCGACGAGUUCGCGUAGAUCACGCUAUCGCUUACGAUGGAAAAGCGACGUUCAAUGAUUUGGAUCUUACAUUUCCUUCAUCUCGCGGUGUUCUGCAAUUUAAUCCAUCAUCUACCGCCAGAAGUCGCAGUUCGAUGUCAUCUGAAAAUGGCACGGAAUUAAGUCUCGAUCAGGAAUUGGAUAACAAAUUCUAUGAAUAUUUGACAUCGAGAAGCGUAAAACUGACAAUACCGGGCAAUGCUUUUGAAGGAAGAAGAAAAAAGAAUAAGGGUUUCGGAUAUAUACUAGUAGCAGGUGCCGUGUUAGCAGGCAUGAUGGCGCAACUAGCUUAUGGAAAAAUUGCUUUUCUCGCUGGUACGGCUUUGCUAACGGCAAAAAUGGCCUUAGUUUUAAGCGCGAUAGUCGGCUUAAAAAAGCUCGUGUCAAGCGGAGGAGGUCAUGAAGUGAUCUAUGCAACAGCAUCAGAACAUCAUGGAGGUGGUGGUGGAUACGGCGGUGGAUACGGUGGUUGGCAACGAACAAUGGAUUCGAGGAUCAUCCAUCUCGUGGGUGCGCGCAACUGUUCGUAUCUCCGACUAGUCACUUCGAAUUUCGAGUCGCGUGCCUCUCGCGUGAUUUCGAGGAUACGAGGUGUCUGUGAUUUAAUUCCAAAUUGCCCAGCCAAGCAUUCGCGAGUUGGAAAGCCAUCCAGCAUGUCGGCGAUUAAGAUUAUACCCAAGUGCGUGCUGCUGUUGUUAGUCUGCAGUGCAAUUAUUCACGCCGAUGAGGACGGUGGAUUCCUUGACCGAGGAUACCGUGCCCUUUAUCGUGUCUACGAGGAGUGCGAGCAUCGCAACAUGGCUGUGUCGCCGUGUUUGAAGAAGAAGGCGAUCGCCUUCUUUGAGAGACUCGGCCGUAUACAAACUUUACCGAUCGGCGAAAAUCUCGAGCUGAUCAAAGCUGCCUCCUCGAUAGACGACAGCUCGAAAAACACGGUUUCCGAUCUGGAGAAGACUUUGGCUAGAACCAACGGAGGGGCCAUGGACGAAGUACUCAACGACAUUCUGUUCGAGCGCGUAGCCGCGCUAAUGAACAGUUUCAACGUGCAGAUCAGCUUACCAAAGACAAGUUCCAGCGAAUUGAAACGAAGUAUCGAGGAGGGCCGUGGGAAAAUGAAGAAGAUGAUGGGCAUGAUGAUGAUGGGAUUCGCGAUGAAACUUGCCGCGUUAGUUCCCAUUGCUAUGGGCGUGCUUUUCCUGCUGGCCGGCAAAGCUUUGAUCAUCAGCAAGAUCGCUUUGGUGCUGUCGCUGAUCAUCGGUUUGAAGAAGCUACUGAGCCAAAAGCAGGGCGGUCACGAUCAUGGCGGCUGGCAGCAAGGCGGAGGUGGAUGGGACAGAAGUCUGAAGGGAGUCGUAGGCGCACCUGUACCAUCGAUGACGGAAGCUGAUCGCGAAUACGCUCAGACCUUGGCUUACAGCGCGCGGCAGAAGCAUUAAACAAUUUGCAGCAGAAAGAAGCAAUGGCAAAUCUUCAGGUAUUGGGAGGGAGCAACGCCUGUAUCCAAAGGAGCAAAUAAUACGCGAUUUCAGAGACAGUUCGAGACAUCGAUGAUUCACUUAUUUAUGUUUUAAGACCAAUUUUAUCGUUUAUAAGACAUCGUAUUUAUGUGUACUGCAUAAAUAACGAAGAAGAGUGUAAAGAUGGAAUAUAUCAGUGACGUUAAUGUUGGAAUAAAAAAAAAUGUGAAAGAAAAUAUUAAAAAUGCAAAAGCUUUAAAAAUAUUAAAAGUAGGAAAGAAAAUUUAAAUGAGCGAGCUGUCUUAUUCGUGUAAAUUUUUACAAGUCUGAUCACUUUUUGAAUGAUCAUCGAUUGGAUAAUAAUCGCGUUGUAAUUUCUUGUAAAUUAACGGUUUUCAUAAAUGAUGCAGCUAUUUGAUGCAAUGAUGCAAUAGAAAUUGGUUUAUUAUAUACACUUGGCCCGUAGAAGAAGUUGCCGCGAUUCUUGACAAUUUUCUGUAAAACGAGACAAAAUGUGCAAAUCAUAGAUGAAAUGUAAAUAAUUGUGUCAAAAAAUGUAAUAUAAAAGAAGUUACAACUACAAAUAUUUGCAUUUCAACUGUCAAUUGCCCCAGUAAAUAAUCAAACGAAAUGCGAUAGCGAGAGAGUAAUCUUCACGCACGCAAAUUUCUAACGGUGUCGGUUCGAAGUUUUUGUCGACAAUCGGAACGCGAUCACAGUCUCGAGGUCAAGCGAAAAGAUAGCAGACUUCAUUCUUUGAUUAGCCGAAUUUGCAGUCGUUUCUCAGUACACUUGCGAUAUUUAUAUAUUUAUUUAUAGUACCUCACCAAGGUAGACGGCAAAGUAUAUAUUUAUUUUAGAUUUAUAAAAUAACCUUAGAGAGAGUUUGGAAUGUGUAGCUUGCGACAAAUACUUACACGAGUAUCUGUAUCAAUGUUUACGUUAUUAAAAUCGUGUGUUCAGUAGAAUAAGCGUGAUGACUAAAACACUUGAGUAUUAAAAUGUAGCGAAUAAGAAAUACUAAUUUCCAUCAUCUGUCAAUAUUUAUUGCAAUGAUUAACUCAUAUAGUUAUAUUACAUUUUAAGAAACGUAACAUUUAUUUCGUAAUACAUGCGGAUCAUUUCGCGCAGCAUUUAUCAUUUGUGGUUUUUAAGAGAUAAAAAAUAAUUUGACUUAAUGUGUUUAUAAGUAUACACUUGACGCGACGCAUUCUACGAGAUGUAUACGAUAUGUAUACGUUUGACUCCGAGAAGCGAUUAUAAAUUCGGCCUUUAAGUGUUACUUUGUGCACACAGGCGUUUAAUACUUUCUCAAGGAUAACGGCGAAUAGAGUUAUACAAGUUUAAUUUGAUUGUAAAUUAUUACGAAAUAAAGUCGUAUGUCAUUCUCA